AUGGCGGACGAUCCAAGCGCACAGCACAUGGUCUGGGAGGCGGUGGACCCCUUGACUGGAAUCGCGGCCACGCGGAGCUACUGCCUUGCCCUGGAGAACGAGACGCUGCUGCGAAGCUACGCCUGCUGUGCCAAGCUUUGCCGCCUGCUGCUGGCGGGACACGCCGUGGAAGACGCCAAGAGGCAGGUCUGGGAUCUCCCAGAAAGUCCGCAGAUCUUCCAAACCGACGUGGAUGCCAUGGGCCGGCCCUGCGACGCAAAACAAAGAGGUCCCUUGCAUUUGCGCUUCUUCCGUGUCGCCUGCAAUCUCGGCGCCGACGGCUUCGUGGCUUUCGGGGACUGCGCCUUCGCUGGCGCGGACGGCGAAGCGGCGCUUUUGGGCGCUGAAGUGCCGUCGCUGGCCGUGUGGGCCGGCACGUCGGCGAAAGAGGAGGCGCGGUCCCAGGCGGUGCAGGCGGGCCUGGAGGAGGUCAUGGGCCUCAACCUGGACUGGGGACGCUCUGUGGCCCUGGGCCAUCGGAAGGACGUGCGGGUGUACUUGGAUCCCCCCGAUCAGCCCCCAGAUCCUCUGCAACUUGGAGAGGAUCCCUUGGACGUGGAGGUGAGCUGCCACGUCGCCGUGGGGCUCGAUGGGCUGCUGGGCCUGGCCGCCUGCAGGGCCUGGACCUACGGCUCAGGCAAGGCGGUGAUUUUCGGGCCUCGCUUCCAGUACCUCCUACUGAGCCUCAGAGACGCCCGGCACACGCUGGAGGCCCCGGACGGCCAGCUUUGGGUGGCCAUGGAGCUAGAGCUCAGCUGCGGGCCCUUGCAGCUGGCCCUAAGUGUGAGCCCCAGCUGCCUGUCGGCCUGGAGACAGCUGGAGCAAGGAGAAGCCGACCUCUCCUGGCUGCAACCCGCGAAGAUCGAGACCAUGGAGCCCUCCGUGUCGAGCCUUUGUGGCCUCGUGCCCAGCCCGGCGCCGGCGCUGCACAGCGCCCCGAAGCUGGUGCUGGUCACCGGGCUCCCAGGGUGCGGCGCCAUGGACGUGGCCAAAUCCUUGGCCAUGUCUCUGCGCUCCGGGCCCGUCGUGGACGGCCACCGCUUCGAGAACUUAGCGGAACUGCCGGGGCUGGCCCAAACCGAUCAGGAGUGGCUAGUGCUGUGCGACGUGAUGCGAGAUCCACAGGAACUUCAGGCGCUGCAGCCCUGGACUUUGUGUGUCUUGGACGCCGCCGUCGCCGGCGACGCCUUGCUGCGGCGCCUGGUGCGGCGCCGCGCGGCGCUGCAGACGGCGCAGGCCGUGGCAGUGCGCAGCCAGGUCUUCUUGCGGCCUUUGACCUCGCAGCUGCUGGAAGCUCUUGGCACAGAGAACACCUCCCCGGUCCUGCCAGUGGCCAAGCCAGGGGACAUGGUGCGGAUCUUCGUGCCGUCGCCCACGGCGGCGCUAGAUCUGCAGCUCUUGCGCCGAAGCCUGCAGCAGAAGCUCCAGGCGGCGAGCUCGUGGUCCUCACUGACGACCUCGCCCUGGCAUGGGCUCUUCUGCGUAGAGGUGAAGGCCCCGGGGGCUUCCUCGGCCGCGGCCUUCUGGGAGCGCCCAGAGGCCAAGGAGCAGCGCCUGCUGCUCACCCCACGAGGUGAGCUGAGUGCGCCGCAGCAUUGGCAGGAGCCCUUGGCGAGCACCUCCGGCGCCGUGUUUUGGUUCGCGGCAGACGCGGCGGAGGUGUCGGUGCUGCAGAAGCUCUGCGCGGGGGAGUUGGCGCAGUGCGCGCUACAAGUGCCGGAGGAGAGGCCCUGGGAUCUGCAGACCGUGCCACUGGAGGCACGCCUCGAGCUCCAGGAGCAGUUGCGGCAGCGCGGGCCACCGCCUGGCUACUCCUUUGACGGUGUCAGGUACAUCAACCAGGAGGAUUACAGCACCAGCAAGGAGCAUCCCGAGGAAGGCGCGUGCCUGGCGCAGCUGGUGGAGCAGCACAACUUGCAGCUGGCGCAGAGGUGCCGAAAGGCCCAGGAGGUCUUGGCGGGGCCCCGCAGUUGCAGCCCCAUGCGGCCCCCGGGGAAUGCUGCUGGCCGCCCCCCGCGGCCGCGCGCGGGCUACGUGCAGUGA